CCUCCCAAUCGCGCUGCUUUGCACCGCCCACUGGUACAGCUGUGCGCGUCCCCGAUGGGAACAGGGGAAAUGGCGGCAACCUGUCCCUAUAUACAGCCUUUCCCAUAGGAUUUAUCUGAAUAUAAAAGAGAUGCUGAAUAUGAUCCAGGUUUUCCAAGCUCCAGUGACACGAAUAAGAGGAAACAGUGCCAGGAAGAAGCGGGAAGAGCCCUGACCGCCAUAAUCCCACGGGCAGACAUGUGGCAGAACUCCAGGCCUGUUUUUUUGUUGGAUCAUAAACACUCCUGAUGUGAACGAUAAGUGCUUGGUGUCUUCACAAAAAGACCCCCCCUGCAUGUUACCAGCAUGAAUCUACGCCUAGAAGAUGGGAGGUCAGAGGAGAGAUCGGGGGGAAAAGCGUCAAACUCAACCAAUCAUAUAAUAAUUAUAAAUGAUGAAAUGCCAUCAUUUUCCGCGACUGAUGUGGAAGAGUCUAAAUCAGAAAUGUUACCAGUAAAGACUGAGAAGGGACAGCCGGGCUCUGAAGAUCAUCUGAAGCAAAAGAAAAGCUCAGUAUUAAACUUCAGUGCUGGGAGGACUCAAGUGCUGGCGCUGAGAGACAAGAAACUGGAGAAUGAAACGCUGUGCCCUAAAGAACAUCAUACCUCAGCAAACACUCAGAGGUGCUCUCUCACCGUCCCAGAAAUAUUCCCACCGAGGUCAGAAAAAGAUCAUCCAAAUUCGGAAGGUUAUUUGGACACAAUGGAAAACACCGGAGUGACGUUCAUUGACGAGAAUGGUCUGGAGAUUAUCCCUCCGGGGGUUAAAAUAAACGACUUAAAAAUCUUACAGAUAAAGAUCGAGGAAGAUGACCCUGAGGAUUCCUGGUCGUCGGGUUCAGAGGACAGCGAUUCCCCCGAGACUGUGACAACACCCAAGGAACCUUUCGUUUGCACUUACUGUGGGAAGGAGUUCAAUAAAAAGUUCAAUUUCCAAAUACACCAACUGGUACACACGGGGGAGAAACCAUUCACGUGCUCAGAGUGCGGGAAAAGCUUCUCACAAAAGCGCAUCCUUCAGACCCACCUUAAAGUUCACACGGGGGAGAAACCGUUCACGUGCACGGAAUGCGGCAAAUGCUUCGCCCAGAAGAUUCACCUUCAUACCCAUCAGAAAGUUCACACGGGGGAGAAGCCGCACACGUGCCCAGACUGCGGCAAGUGUUUCUCCGUAAAGAGCAACCUGCGCAAACACCAGAUAGUGCACACAGGGACGAAACCAUUCACCUGUACGGAAUGUGGAAAAAGCUUCUCGGAAAAGGGCAGCCUCCAGAGGCACCUUAAGGUCCACACCGGGGAGAAACCUUUCAAAUGUACAGAAUGUGGCAAGGGCUUCACCCGGAAGAUUCACCUUACAAAGCACCAUAAGUUGCACAUUGGGGUCUCUAAAGGCGAGCUGCCCGUACCGGAAGAGGAAGUGUGUUGGUCCUGGCUGGAAGAUGGAUGCGCUAUUAUUUCUGACAUAGGACAGCUGCCCAUUACCAACAUGGACCCACACUCUCCAUUAAGACAAUUCAGAGAGAACCCAUUAGACUGUAGACGUCAUGGGACUGCAAUAAAGACGGAAAAUGGCGCCGAACCAGAAAUAUUACAAGUAAAGAUAGAGAAGUCUGAUUCUGAAGAUGAAGGGGAUGAUGGGGAGUCCCUGAAAGAGCGGAAACAAGGGAAUGACAAGUUGGACUCUGCUCCUCUGAUCAGAAUAAAGACUGAAAUGCAUUCUUCCUCACUUUCUGAUUGUGCACCAGAGAUAAUAAACAUAAAAAUUGAGAAAGAUGAGUCGGACUGUGAAGAUAAUGUGAGUACAGAGGGCAGUGCGGCCCAUAUGCACCCCGACGGGGAGGCUGACUCCAAGUGUGAGUCACGCACAAGAGCCGAGGGGGGCGCUAAAUCAUCACACUUUAUCUGUUGUAAAUGUGGGGAAAGCUUUGCCCCGAGUAGCGAUCACACCCACAUCUGUGCGCCAACAGGGGAGAGACUGUUCUCUUGUGCCGAAUGUGGCAAAAGCUUCUCCACCAAGGGCAGUCUGCACAGGCACAAGACGGUUCACACAGGGGAGAAGCCUUUUGCUUGCGUGAAAUGCGGGGAACGGUUUUCCCGGAAAAGCUAUCUCCAUAACCACCAGAGAGCCCACACCGGGGAGAAACCAUUCAACUGCACGGAAUGUGGGAAGAACUUCUCCAGAAAAGGGAGUCUUCAGAGACACCAGAUCGUACACACCGGGGAGAAGCGCUUCACAUGUACCGAAUGUGGGAAAGACUUCUCUGAAAAGACCACACUCCACAUACACCUCAGGGUGCACACAGGGGAGAAACCAUUCACGUGUUCCGACUGCGGCAAAACCUUCUCCCAAAAGUCCAACCUUUACACCCACUAUAAAGUGCACACGGGGGUGAAACAGUACUCGUGUACCACAUGUGGGAAAAGCUUUGCCGAAAAGACCACGCUAAACACCCACCUUAGGGUACACACGGGGGAGAAACCAUUCACCUGUACAGACUGUGGGAGGAGCUUCUCUCAAAGGGGUUCCCUCAACACUCACCGCAACACUCACUUAGGGGCAAAGGCGUUAUCAAUUCCAGAACAUGGAGAAGAGUCAUCUUCAUAGAACAUUGUUCACACAGGUUAGAGAGCAUCCAUAUAUCCAUCAUGUUGAAUAACUUGGCCUUUAAACUUGGUCAGAGUAGAAAAUACACAAAGGGAAGAGAAACCUUCAAUGAUUCGAUAAUCAUAUUUAUAUCUUGAUCCCAACACCCUACUAUGUACUUAAUAGCGUUGUUGCUGCUAGUGAUACCUUGAAUGCGAAUGAUAUGUAUAUCAUGUAUAUGUAUGGAGUAUAUAAGUAAAUGGGGUUACUGGCCAAUAUUAAUAAUGACGACAUAAUGGCGACAUUGUAUAAAAAAAAAAAAAAAAACAAGAAUGUGUCAGUGAAUUGUACCCAUCUAAAUAUAGAAGGAAUGGGCUUUAAAAAGUAGUGCUUUGGGCUGAUUUAUUGGAAAUUUCUCUGAAUACCCCACUAGCCCGCCCAUCUGUUCCACUUCCUGCUGCUUCCUUUCCCAGGCUGUGCAGGGGGGCCAGUGGCACUGUAGGA